UGGGUUGCGCCUCACAAACAGGAACUGAAGCAGGUAACCAGACACCUCACAACCCCUUCAACCGAUGUGCGUGAGGUGGGAAAUACACAAACUAGUCAGCCGAUGAUUGUAACACAAUUGUAACACUUUAUGCGAUAAGUGCGUGUGUGGAGGUCGGCAGCAGAUUUUGACGGACCGGUUUAUUGUCGAGCUGAAGUCAUCGACGCGUGCCCGCGCUCCGGGCGAAUCUCCUCAGGUGUUUGUGCUGCUGCUUCAGCUGGGGAAACGAUUUCAACUUUGUGGAUUAAAUGUUUCGAGAGAAAAACGUGAUUUGAACGGUGUUAGUUCCGCUGUUUUUACACUUUCUUUUUUGACUUUUCACACUCAUUCGGAGGGAUAUACUCAAGAGGCCACGUGCAACAGGUCCAGGAUGGAACAUGAAGCAGAAAAAUACCAGCAGCGACUGCAGGCUAUAACGGAAAAACGGCGUCUACAGGAGGAACAGGAGCGUGCCAAGAGAGAGAUAGAGGACGAGAGACUGAGACUUCAGCAGCUUAAGAGGAAGUCUCUCAGAGACCAAUGGCUGAUGGAAGGACCCCCCACAUCACCUGACAGCACAAGCCCUCGAUCGCCUCUCUGGGGCUCUAAAGCUCAGGAGCUCGAGACGCGCGUUAACAAAUUACAGGAGACGUCCGAACGGUUGGCAGAGGAAGAAGUCAAACUGAAAGAACAUAUUGAAGAUGGCUUUGAUCUAACAAACUCAGAUGCUCAACCACACGGAAAGGAGGAGGAGGAGGCGGAGCCAGCUGUAACAGUAGUUACUGAGACCGUCUCUAAUGGACCCAUCGUGGAGAAUGGACAAGAUGACAAGAAAGAUGAAUCUGUGCACGCUGAGAAACACAAUUCAGAGGAAGCAGAAGCGAUCAUUGAUGUUGCGGUUAAAGCAGCAGAGACAACAACAUCUGGUGCUGUUAUUAAUGGAAGUGUGGAAGAAGAAACAUCACACAAAACCUCAGAAGAAGAAGAAGAAGCAGAAGAAGAAGCACCACCUCACACUAAUGGCUUGCACCUGGCUGAAGGUGUUGGAACCGGUGGCGUCACGAUGACUUUCUUGGGCUUCAAGGAGGUGGAGCCUGGGCAGGGAAUGAAUGAGGAUUCUGAUGCUGUAGCACUUAUCCGAGCAGAAAGAGUGAUCAUUACAGAUGAAGGGGAGGAAAUUGUUGAAGAAGAUGACGGCGGGACGCAGGAAUCUGCAACGGCUGAUGUGAAUGAAGAAGAAUCGGAUGCAAUUGGGGUGUGGGAGGAGACAGAGAUCCAUCCUGAAGCUGCUGUCGAAAUGAAGCGAGAUGAAACACCUGAAGCCGACCGAAAUGAAGACAGUUCUGCGAAGGUGGUGGUUACAGACAUCGCAGAGAGAGAAGGUCAAGAGCGUCCAGAUUCCCAGACGCAGAACCAAACCGAGACACUAGACGCCCCUGCCGAGGUUUCCCAGGCUCCUGUGUGUUCCACAACACAAACAUCUCCACCAACCCGAUCAAAGACCGAGGCCGCAGAAUCACAACCCCCAAAGGAAGUGAAGGCCGUGGCAAACCCACGCAUCUCCCUCAGCGAAUUUCAGGAGGUUCCUCUGGAUGGAGGAGACACGCUGGGGCCCGCUACUAAGACGGGAGGUAAGAGACAGCCUGCUGAACAGGAUCCUCUGCUCACCUCCAAAACGGCUGCCCAGACGGACGCCAGCAGCCCGAAAAGGGCAGAGGACGCGUGUGCACCCAAACGCAAAACCUGCCAAUGCUGUUCGGUCAUGUGAACUUUACGCUGUUGUUGACUGUUUCUUCAAUUCUUUUCAUCCUGCUCUCUUAUUCCUAGAAGAGAGGGGGUACUUCAAGAGGUUCAAAAUUCCAGCUGUACGUUAUACAAACACUCGCAGCGGAACAAAUCUUUUCUCUUCAUUAAAGUUCACUAUGUAUUGUUACUAAAAAAACUAAAGGAAAGUGCAAAAUCUAAAGACUUCCUUCCUUGCGAUUCUCUCUCAGAAUUGGAUUCCCAUCAUUCUCAUCUGCGUCAAUGAAAAUUCCACACAUGGACUUGGAGGAAAAGAAGAGGCGCAUUUUUUUGAGGAAUGACUCUAGUGCAUUGGAUGCUGGGCCUUGAUGGUUUUAACACUACCAUGUAAAACGCUUUGUUUUUAUUAACAAUAUGGAAUCCAACUUGCGACAGUGAUGAACUAUUAUCUACCUACAAUUGCGUUUUACUGUAUCACAAAGCAUUUGUGUGCCCUGAAUAUCAAUCAAAAACCUGAUCUUAUAUUUUGCAGAGAGAAAUGGUCAACUUUGAUUUUAUAUGUGCAUUAUCAUGAUCAUCUUUACAAUUUUAAUUGCUGUUGCUGUUUCAAUGUGUUUUUAUUAUUACGGUGCCCAUAGAUGCCUGACAGAAGUGUUUGAGGCCGAAAGUGACAUUGUGCAACUGCUGUGACCUUAUGAAAGAAAUAAUAUACGUCUGUUUUAACAACAGAACCUUGAGAUUAGCUUUGUUUUUGUGGAUGAUUUUUAACUAUUCAAUACCGCUUCAUACGCAUGUAAUCACUAUUAUGUUAAGUUUUCAGUCGACUCCGGGACCAUCGUAUUUUUGAACGUGGAAAUCAAGUCUGAUGCAAAUUCUCAGUGCCUUUACUGAGUGCCUUGUAUGUACAGUAUGCUGUAUAUGAGAUGAAUGCAGAGUGGUUAAGGAUUUUGAAAAGAAAGUUGACUUUGGAAAAGUUGCAAGAGAAAUGAAUAAACAUGAUAAAAUGUUA